UCAUCAAUUGAUCGUUUUUACUUCCAUCUGAUCAAAAAUCUCUCCAUCAGCCACUAAAUCAGGAGAUCCAUACUUUGUCUUUGCCAGCGAGAAAAUCAACCGCAUGGUCACUGUUGGUAAUUACAAGCGACGGAAGCUUUUCAGUCGUUAGUACACACACCAUGACUUGGAUGGCAAAGAGUUUGAAUUUGAACGUACAUUACGGUAAGGCCGCAUGGGGCAGGAGAAAACCUAACUCGACAAGUAUCAUUGACAUAUCCACGGGAAAGAGGGAGGGUGCGAUCAGUCUGUAUCCCCUCUGGACUCACUUGAAUUUUACGGUGCUGCGGGGAGGCGUCGCCGAACCCUGGAGGUCCAAGUCCACCGGGAUCGGAGUCCUCGCGGUUUCGCGUUUGGUGGAGCGCUGGCUUUACUCAUUUCGGAUCCUCGGGCAUGCCCAUGUGCCCGGGGCAGAACAUUCGCCCCGCGCAGCAAACGGACACUCGACGCUCCAUUAUUACUCCACACCUCACAACAUAUGGCCCCAAGCUCCAACGUAUGAUGUAUGGAUACGUGUCAAGAAACGUGGCGUCGGUCUUCCUGCUGCACCUCGAAUCUAUGGAGAUAUGGUGGGCAUGCCAUCACAGCUGCAGUCUCGUCACCCGAGUGGCUCGCAACCCGUGGGGAUCGGCUGUGUCCUUACGACUCUGCUCGAGGUCGGUGCCCAGGCUUUGACACGCCAAUGCCAUAUAUCGUGGGAUCCCACGACUGUGUGUGCCACAUCUUGGUUCUCUGCCUAUUAG